UCUCUCGUGGUGGGGAGUAGAGGAAGCUGUCAGACAGCCAGUCAACAGGUGGAGGGAGGGACAAGCUCAGUACUGCUUGGAAGAAUAAAAAUGAGGAGAAAAAGCAAAGCCCUAGAGAGCCAGAAAGCUCCAGUCGCUUUCGGAAUGGACACAGUGCCCCAAAAUAGAAGAUUUAAAAAAAAAAUCGACUUUUCCGUUCCGGCUUUCCAAGGAAGAAACUACACAAGUGGGAGACUAUUCUGGGAGUAAGCCUUCAAGAUAUAUGUCAAAGAGCUCAGGUUUCUUUUAUAUUCCUAUUUUCAUGCUAAACAUUUUUGCUACCUGCAUGUUCCAGACUGACCUGAUCUCCCAGGCCAAACUUCGGCCUUUACAGUCUUGCCUCCGUCCUGUUUCUGGUCAAAGCAGAAAACCCUGGUGCCGCCUUUGCCCUCUCUAUUAUCAGCAGACUUCUGUGGAUUGCCCUGCAGAAUGCACCUAGCGCUAGGGUGCCCUUUCAACCUUCCGCGUAAACUUUUGGUGUAUGUCCAGUCACCUCUUCCUGUUUCUUUGUCCUUACUCUGCGCACCUCCAGGAAACCUCCGCUCUAGGGAUGAAUACAGAAAUAUCUGCACUCCCGUCGGAACUUCCACUGUCUCUUCUCUCAACUCAGAAGAUAAGCAAUUCAAAGGCCCUGAUCAAUCCCUCAUCUCUCAUCGCGCCUGCUUCUUGCUGUUUGUCUGUGGAAACGGUUAGGUCUCGCACCCAGCACAAAAGGUCAGAAGGUGCCUUGGCAAAGACACAUCUUUACAGUGUACAAAAAGGUUAUUCCGUAGCAACCUUGUGGGAACACUAAGAGGUCAAGUUAAAGAGGAAAAUUUUUAGAUGGUGAUUAAGGUAGAAGAUGAACAAGCCCCUGACACCAUCCACAUACGUGCGCAGCCUCAAUGUCGGACUCAUUAGGAAGCUGUCGGAUUUUAUUGAUCCUCAAGAAGGAUGGAAGAAAUUAGCAGUAGCUAUUAAAAAGCCGUCUGGUGAUGAUAGAUACAAUCAGUUUCAUAUAAGGAGAUUCGAAGCCUUACUCCAAACUGGGAAAAGCCCCACGUGUGAGCUGCUGUUUGACUGGGGCACCACAAACUGCACAGUUGGGGACCUUGUGGAUCUUCUGAUCCAGAUUGAGCUUUUUGCCCCUGCUACUCUCCUGUUGCCGGAUGCUGUUCCCCAACCUGUCAGCAGUAUACCGUCUAGAGAAGCUGCAACGGUGGCACAGACACACGGGCCCUGCCAUGAAACAGUCAGGACAUCGGUGACGCUUAUGCCAAGGCUAGAGCAGAGCUGUGGUCAGCCUGACUCCUCAAGCUCAGACGACAAAAGUUCAGCAUCCAGUGACACUGGUACCCGUUUCCACAGUUUUUCAUUUUAUGAGUUGAAGAGCAUCACCAACGACUUCGAUGAGCGACCUGUUUCUGUCGGCGGCAGCAGAAUGGGAGAGGGAGGCUUCGGAGUGGUGUACAAAGGCCACAUGAAGGACACGGCUGUGGCGGUGAAGAAGCUGGGAGCGAUGGUUGAAAUCAGCACUGAGGAACUAAAGGAACAGUUUGAUCAAGAAAUUAAAGUAAUGGCAAAGUGUCAGCACGAGAACCUGGUGGAGCUACUCGGCUUCUCAAGCGACAGCGACAACCUGUGCUUAGUAUAUGCUUACAUGCCCAAUGGCUCCUUGCUCGACAGACUGUCCUGCUUGGAUGGCACUCCACCACUCUCUUGGCACAUGAGAUGCAAGAUCGCUCAGGGUGCAGCUAAUGGCAUAAGUUUUCUCCACGAAAAUCAUCAUAUUCAUAGGGAUAUCAAAAGUGCAAAUAUUCUACUAGACAAAGACUUUACCGCCAAAAUAUCUGACUUUGGGCUUGCGCGGGCUUCUGCAAAGUUUGCCCAGACAGUCAUGACCAGUCGAAUCGUGGGCACAACGGCUUACAUGGCACCUGAAGCUUUGCGAGGAGAAAUAACGCCCAAAUCGGACAUCUACAGCUUUGGCGUGGUUUUAUUAGAGCUAAUCACCGGACUUGCGGCUGUGGAUGAAAACCGUGAACCUCAACUACUACUGGAUAUUAAAGAAGAGAUAGAGGAUGAAGAGAAGACGAUCGGGGAUUACACCGACGAGAAGAUGGAUGACGCGGACCCUGCGUCCAUCGAAGCCAUGUACGCUGCAGCUAGUCAGUGUCUGCACGAAAAGAAGAACAAGAGGCCGGACAUUGCGAAGGUUCAACAGUUGCUGCAAGAGAUGCCUGCUAAACAAGAGUGAAAUAGACUAUAUAUAUAUAUAAUCUACGUAUAACACACUCGAUAAGCACUCACCCUUCACCUUUGUUUUUUAACGUCUUGUGGUCCUGAAGACUGAACAAGCACUUUGGCACUGAGCUACAUCACCAGCCUGGUUUUUGGUUUUGUUUUCCUAAAUGGUCUUUAUGUUUAACACGGCAGCAUGGUGCACUGUACUGACUGAUUAACGGAUGCGUUGACCCGCUGCCAAAGUGACAGUAGCAUGGUGGCACUUGGCCCCACCUCCUUUGUAUGGAGAUCAUUUUCCAUGGCAAUAUCAUCAAAUUACAGCAACUACAAGAUUCAGAAAAACAGUACAGCACUAGGGAGACCCUAGGGUUUGGGGUUUUGUUGUUGUUGGCCCUAGAAGUCCUGAUACUCUCUCUCUACAGACCAGGCUGACCUCGAGCUCAGAAAUCUGCCUGCCUCUGCCUCCUCUGCCUGUGCCACUACCAUAUAGCCAGAGACCCUGGUUUGAAGCUCAGCAGACUCCGCUAAUCUCCUGUAAAGCUCUGGUCCAGCUCUCAGCUACCCUAAACCUCAGAUUUGGCUUUUCUGUCUUGUUAAUGAACUCUGUGCUCCUGUAAAUAACUCUUCCUAUGCUCCUGGUACUUAACCCCAACCUGUACAUAACUUCCAUGGCUCCUCCCACCGCUCCUCCAUGGCUCCUCCCACCACUCCUCCAAUACGUAACCCCCACACCUCCUCCUGUACGUUACCCCCACCCCUGCUCCUUUAACCCUAAUUAAACUCAUUGGGUCACCAUGGGUGGACUCAAUCAUUCAGUCUGCCUUUGAUAUCCUAAUUUGAAUGAAUAGAUGCUUGCUUGUCUCCCCCAGGGAAAACUCACACACUUAGUACUUUAUGUGGGGCGUAACAGAACCAAUGAUCAGCUUGGGGGUGGUACUUGCAUUGUCUCUGCUAUGUGCAAUAAGACAGCAACUGGAGCUGAUCUGUCUGAGGGUGGAGCACCCACCCAAGGGGACAAUCCUGAUGUCAUCCCUUCCCAUGUGGCAAGAAUGGCAGGCUCUUUUGCUGUACUGGGUGGUUUUAUGUGUCAGCUUGACACAAGCUAGAGUCUGCAGGGAGCAGGCGCCUCCACUGAGGAAAUACCUCCUUGAGAUCCAGCUGUAAGGCAUUUUCUCAUUUAGUGAUCAAUAGGGGAAGACCCAGCCCAAGGUGGGUGGUGCCAUCCCUGGGCUGCUGGUCCUGUGUUCCAUAAAAAAGGUGAGCUAAGCAAGCCAGAAGAAGCAAGCCGGUCAGUAGCACUUCUCCACGGCCUCCGGGUUCCAGCCCCGCUUGAGUUCCUGUCCUGACUUCCUUCAGUGAUGAACAGAAAGGCUGAAGUGUGAGCCAGAUAAACCCCUUUCUUCCCGACUUGCUUUCUGGUCAUAGUGUUUUGUCACAGCAAUGGAAACGCUAACGAAGACACUUGCUGUAGUGGUGGCUGCAUUGGUCCUGCCUGAGUGAAAAGACACGUAAACAAGACAGCAGUGGUCCGCCUGCAGGCGGAGUCUCUGUGAGGAAAGUUCCAGAAAGGCCAUCUUCUUGUCGGUAUGCAAUGGCAUGCCCCCUUGAUGAGUGGAAUCAGCUGGCCAUUUCAGACUACAAUAAGAAAAAGGUGCAGAUUCUGCCCUCUGCAUUAUUCUCUGAAUUGGCAUGUAAAAUGAAAGAAAAAAAAUGAGACCAGGGCAAAUGUCCUUUAAUGCCAUUGGGAGGUAGAGCCAGGCAGUCUCUGUGAGCUUGAUACCAGCUAGGGCUAGAGUGUAUCUUUCUCUCUCUCUCUCUCUCUCUCUCUCUCUCUCUCUCUCUCUCUCUCUUUCCCCCACGGAAAUGGUAUGGCAGUGAAGUAUACUAAAAAAAAGUUUCUUCUAUUCCAAGGGACUGGAAUUUUUCUGGACCUCACAGCCAGUAAAUAAAAUUCCUUGCGGUCACUUAAGGCUGAUCUCCUACUGUGUAGUCAGCCCGUUUGCUGAGCCCACAUUUAAGAGAACAGUGUAACAAUCAACCUUAUUUGCCUUUGAUUCCCAUAUAGUCUACUUUUACAACCAAAGCAAUGAAUAGUUGUAAUCUUGAGUUAUCUAGUCUUCCGUGUCCCUGACCUAGGAGUAAUACAUGUAUGCUUUGUUUGUUUGUAUUGUGAUAAUCAUUUGAUGAAAACAGCAAAUAUAUAUUGAAAGCAAUCUUUUGAAAGCG